AUGAGUCCGAUUGUUGCGGAGCUUCUAUCUCGGGCCUCAACGCUACACGACCACAUUGCGCCCCUUGUUGUCGUGACGCAAUCUCUUGCUGUGUUUGAGUUUAUUCAUGCCGCUCUUGGUCUCGUCAAGUCAAAUCCGUUUAUCACAGCCAUUCAAGUAUUAUCGAGGCUAAUCGUUGUGUGGCUUGUUUCGGAAAAGUAUGAAUCAGCCGCACAUUCUCCGUAUUAUGCGACACUCAUCCUAGCCUGGUCGCUCAGCGAAGUUGGUCGUUAUCCGUUCUAUGUGAAUCAGCUGCUCAAUUCUCCUUCUUUUAUGGCUCUUUGGGCGCGUUACUCCUUUUUCGUCAUUUUGUACCCACUGGGUGUGUUCAGCGAGCUGCAGCUGAUUUUCGCGUCCCUACCUCAUAAUGCCCCAUGGCCCUGGGUCGACAUGUCAGCAUGGAGCUUGCGCGACUUGUUUUUCCUUGCGGUCAUCCCCUUGUAUGGCCCAGGUCUUAUUAUGCUGUAUAGUCGUUUACUUGCUUCUCGUCGCAAGGUACUCGGUAAUGACUUUAUCGGAUCCAAAGGCCGUGAAGAGAUGCGGAAGAUUCAUGAAGCCAAACUCAGGUCUCCUCGUCAACGCCAAAAUUAA